CACUGUUAUACAAUUCAUACAGUCUUUCUUUCUUUUUGCCAUUUUCCCAGUUCUCUUAUAUUCUUUCUAACCAACUUGCUGUACUGUACUUGUACCUGUCAUAUACAUAUAUUUCUGUUUAAGUACAUGUAACCGCCAUUUAUGUGGCGAGAAUAACAAGACACUCCAGCUCUUUAUUGUGCUAUGAUUGUUCCAAGAAUGGAAACUGUUCAUUCUUGGUCAGUUCCCAUAUAGCACAAAAAAAUUCCACUUUCAGUGCUGUUAAGUUUUUCUUUUCUUUCUUCUUGUAAAAGAGAAAAAACAAAGAACAAUUCUGGGUUUUAUGUAAAUGACCAACAAAGAAACACUGAGGAAGGAACUGGGUUCCUUUCCAUGAAAUGUGUUUUGUCACAGAUAAAAUUCAGUGACUGAAGCCACAUCUCUACCUCCACAAUAACACAAUGGGUUAUGGUAAUUCAAGAUCUGUAAGGUUUAAAGAUGAUCUUGAAUUAGCCAAGCUACCAGCAGGCAAUGGAGAUGGUGUAGUUAAGCUUAAAUAUAACAUUGAUGGAACCCAAAUAUCAGAGUCUAGUUCUAAGAAGUCUGAGAAAGAAGUUUCAGUGAAGCCUGGAAGAUCAUUGAAAGCCAAAGUAUUAUCAAGAGUAUUCUCUGAGGAUUAUGAGAGAGUUAAGAGGAAGAUAUUGGACCCUCGAGGGCCAACAGUUCACAGAUGGACUAAGAUCUUUUUGAUAGCAUGCUUAGUUUCUUUGUUUGUUGAUCCCCUAUUCUUUUACUUGCCAAUAGUCUCGAACAAUGCUUGCAUAGAUAUUGGAAUACCCCUGGAAAUUUCCCUUACAAUUGUUAGGUCAAUUGCUGAUGUAUUUUACAUGAUCCAGAUUUUCAUUCGUUUUCGAACUGCUUAUGUUGCGCCUUCUUCCCGUGUUUUUGGAAGAGGAGAGCUUGUUAUUGAUUCUAAAAAGAUUGCAGUGAAGUACCUACAAACACACUUCUGGAUUGAUCUUGUUGCCGCCCUGCCUCUUCCUCAGGUGUUAAUUUGGUUUGUUAUCCCUAAUCUUGCUGGUUCCACAAUGACAAACACCAAAAACGUUCUUCGGUUCAUCAUCAUUUUUCAGUACCUUCCUAGACUCUUUCUUAUCCUUCCCCUUUCAUCAAGAAUUAUUAAGGCCAAUGGUGUUGUGACAGAAACAGCAUGGGCAGGAGCUGCUUAUAACCUGAUGCUAUACAUGCUGGCAAGCCAUGUAAGUGCAAAGUUACCCUUUUGCCCAGAUGAAACCUAUCAGAAUUGCAAUGCUCAACCAGUCAAUUUUUCUUUCUUGAAGGUUUUAGGAGCUUGCUGGUAUCUUCUAUCGAUUGAAAGGCAAGAAGCAUGCUGGAGAAGCGCAUGUCAUCUGGAGAAGCCUUCUUGUCGAUACAACUAUUUUGAUUGCCAUCAGAUGCAUAACCCUCUUAGGGUUUCCUGGUUCAAAUCAAGCAAUGUUACACAUCUAUGUCAACCAAAUAUUAGUUUCUAUCAGUUCGGUAUAUUUGGGGAUGCUUUGACAUUUGGUGUUACAACUUCAACAUUUUUCCGCAAGUACUUUUACUGUCUUUGGUGGGGCUUAAAGAACCUGAGCUCAUUAGGGCAGAAUCUUUCCACAAGUACAUAUGUAGGUGAAAUAACUUUCGCCAUUGUUAUCGCAACACUAGGCCUGGUUCUGUUUGCAUUGCUCAUUGGGAAUAUGCAAAGAUACCUACAAUCAACGACAGUACGCUUAGAAGAGUGGAGAAUAAGAAGAACUGAUACAGAACAAUGGAUGCAUCAUAGACAGCUGCCAACAGAGCUAAGACUCUCUGUUCGGAAGUACGACCAGUACAAGUGGGUUGCCACUAGAGGAGUUGAUGAAGAAGCUCUUCUCAAAGGGCUGCCCCUUGAUCUCCGAAGAGACAUCAAGCGCCACCUCUGCCUAGAUUUAGUCCGGAGAGUUCCAUUAUUUGAUCAAAUGGAUGAAAGGAUGCUAGAUGCAAUAUGCGAGAGGCUAAAACCUGCAUUGUCCACUGAAGGCACAUUUCUUGUGCGUGAAGGUGACCUUGUCAACGAGAUGCUAUUCAUAAUCCGUGGCAAUCUUGAUUCUUAUACAACCAACGGUGGCCGUACUGGGUUUUUCAACUCAUGCCGCAUUGGCCCUGGUGAUUUUUGCGGCGAGGAGUUGCUGACAUGGGCAUUAGAUCCGCGACCAAGUGUCAUCCUCCCAUCAUCCACUCGCACCGUCAAGGCUAUUUCAGAAGUCGAGGCAUUUGCACUUGAAGCAGAAGACCUGAAGUUUGUAGCAUCGCAGUUUAGAAGACUGCACAGCAAGCAACUAAGACAAAAGUUCCGCUUCUACUCUCAUCAAUGGAGAACAUGGGCGGCAUGUUUUAUUCAAGCAGCAUGGCGACGGUAUAAAAAAAGAAAGGAAGCAGCUGAACUCAGAGCUAAAGAAAACCCUGCAGAAGCUGAGCCUGAACCUCCUUCAGCAAGCUCAGGCUUGGCAAUGUGUGCCGCACGGCUAGCAGCAAGUACUAGAAGGGGCAUCAUGAAGCAUUCUGCAUCAGAUUCCAGCGUUGUAAGAUCACUGCAGAAGCCUGCAGAACCAGAUUUUUCAGUAGAUGAGGAUUGAGUUUCAGGAUUUUCCGAAUUCGUCUUGAAGCUUAUAUGUACAAAAUUAGAUGUUUGUGUACAUUAAUUUAGUAACUGGGGCAAAUUAUGAGGACUCCAUUCUAUUCUAUUUGUUUCCUUACAUGUCCAUAAACAUAAUGAGAUUACAUUACAGUAACGGGAUCUUCGACAUUGAAGACAGUCCUUGUGUAGAAAUUGAUUUUAAUAAGGAAAGAAAUCACAAUUUGCUCAGAA